CGCGCGCGCGACCACCGGCCACCGUGCGCGCCUUCCCCACCGGCGAGCUACAUAUGCCCGCCCGCCCCUCUCCCGUCCUGCAUUGCCAACCAGCUCGACCAUACCAGUCCGUCCACCACGCACGCAACCAUGUCUCGCGCUCUCGCCAUUGUCGCGGUCCUCCUGCUGGCCGCCGCCGCGGUGGCGCCGCUCGCCGACGCGGCCAGCAGCGCCGAGUCCAUCCCCUUCGCCAAGGAGGUCGCCGGGGGCGCCAGCGCGGUCGAGGACGCCGGUGCGCAGGGCGCGGCCGCUUUCGCCGGCGCCGGCCAGACCGCCGCGUCCGUGGUCGACCCCGACCCGUCCAGCGGCAUCAAGGCCGACCCGUCGCCGGCAAGACGCUAGACAGUAGAUCCUCUGUUUUCCCCAGUGUGUGUGUUUUUUGUUGCUUUGUUCUGUCAGCGCGGGAGUGCCGCGCGUGGCGCACGCAUCGGUUAUUUGUCGUUCUUCUUCUUUGCUUUCGUUUUCCUCUGUGUUUUUUUUGCCGCCGUGGGAGUGCCAUGGCAGCACGCCUCACGAGCGCUAGAUUCAGAUCCUUUACUGUUUGUUGAAUAAACUGGGUUUCAGAAACAUGUAUUUUUGAUUCA